AUGACGAGCACAUCCACAGUUGGUAUUGUGAGUCUAGAGGUAGCUCAUUAUUUCGAGGAGCUGGGGCUCUUCAAGCCUAUCCAAGGAAAGAAGAGAAAGGUCUCUCCUUCAACGAUUUCUCAGGGCAACUCGGCUGCCUCUUCCGAUUCAACAUCUCGCCAAUUCAUGCCCACGAAUUUAAUAGACGGCUCGAGCAUAUUCGCAUCGGCUGCUAUACACCAGUUCAAAGAGUUCAUAGAGAUACCAGUGUUUUUACAAAGUCAAGAGACUAUUGAGUUUAUUGGCUUUACUUCCGAGAAGGCGCAGAAUAUCUGGAAUCUGUGGGAAGGUGUUCCCGAUAAUGAAAAGUCGUCAAGGACAUUCUUAGAAUUCAUUCUCGAGUUUAUUAGUGAUCCCGGAGGGUCCCUACAAGCCAUCAACAGCGAUGAUGACUGGAACGCGUAUAUGGAUAAUAUCGGCAUAUCUUCUCGACUAAAAACCGCAAUCCUUCUGCCGGAGUACGAAAUAAUCCGAUACACUUCGUCUUGCGAGUUCUGGCUUUUAGACUCCGUAGAAUGCACCUACCGCGCUCUAGAAUCUCUUACAGAACGUUUCGAAAUAAGCGCAGAAUAUUUUCGAUCUACAUCAUUCGAGGGGAGUGAGAAAAAGAGAACUCGUCGGGCAAGGUCACUUAGCAAAGGCCCUUCUUUGCCGUCUCCUACUAGUCGAAAACAACAAAACGCGAACUCGCCAGCCCGUGGCGAUGUUGAGCGCCAGGACUCAGAUAUCAGCGGUAACAAGGCUGUCAACCGUCUAACCACAUAUUACGGUGACCCAGACUCUCUAUCAGGACAGUCCGAAGCUGCAGAGGAAGAAGCUUCUAUGUUAGUUUCUACUAGAAAAAAAUUUAAAUUAUACAGGGCUACUAAUUUAAGCAAAGCUAAAGCUUUCUACGAUGAGAAAACAGGCUUGGUUCGGGAGGGGAGAUUUGGAAGCAUUCCAGGAGACCUAAGUGGGCACUCUUUAUUAACUUACUGGACUCCACAGAGGAAAGUGGCGGAUAUAUACGCCGGAUACCUAAAGCACAGAACCCCUAUUAGUGAAGUAAUAGUCACUGAAGUCGAGAUUACGGAGGAGUUAGUGGCUUCUCUUCAGCCAGUUUAUUUGUGGGGUCAGACAGACAAGGGAAUAAAUCCUCAUUUCCAAGAAUUCACCUGGUCCUGUCGCAAGGGUUAUCAAAAGAAUGAGAUGCCUUCCUAUCUCAAAUACUUGACAAAGUGUCAUCUCAUUAUUGCUCACAUUCUCACUAACAAGAACGUUAAAUAUGAAAAAAUGGACAGUUGGAAAGAUAUUAAGGUCUCUGAUUUGCUCCACACAAAAAUUGAUGGCGAAGAAAAGUUAGGUAUUCAAUGGGCCUUUAGGUCCAGUGACGCUAAGAGUGCUUUUAAUGAGCAUUGUCAUGGGAACAUCAAACAAUAUAACUUGAACAUGCUAACUAUAGCACCCUACAGCCAGUUUAUAGAAACCGAAGAUGGAGAAAAUAAAACUUCCAAUCUCCGUGAAACCUGCGACCUCCAGUAUCCAACCUCCGAUGUGACACUCCCCGGUUGA